GCUCACAGCCGGCGAGUGUCGUGCUUAUCUCGCGGCAUCAGGACCCCAAAUCACGGCAGGCUGGGCAACUAUGACGUCCCCUGUCUUAAGAAGCUAGUUACUAGAGCCAUAGUCUCGUUCUUCGCUCUGGUUGGCAAGAAUACGCUGCCGCCUCUUGUGCAUGUUUAUACUUGUUGUCUGCGCUCCAGGACGAGCCUAACACUUGGUUGUUUCGUUGUUUCGGACGUUUGAUCUGACUGUUGGUGUGAUUGAUUAUUACUUUUAUUUAUUUGAUUGAUAUAUAUUUGGUAUGCUGAUAUAUCAUAAACCUACUUGAUACCCCUGCAAAGAAGCAAAGAUAACAAUAUGAUGUCCUCAGCGGCAAGCUCUGCAUCUUCAGUGCAGAGUGGGCGAUCAGGAGGGACGGGGGCAAGCCCGUCUCAUGUCCAUGGCCAUAGCUAUAGCCCUGACCAAAGCCGUGCCCAGCCUGACCUGGAUACGUUGGUGUCGCACCUUGCGGCUGCCAAGAGAUCCCUCUCCUCCAUCCACCACGUCUGGAGAGCCAACGAGAUAGUCACUGCUGCCCGCGCCGCACUGGAGGAGAGCGUCAUCGUCUCGGCCCGGACUGGCUUCCUACGUCGAGGCCUGGAUGAGCAGAUUCGUCUCCUCUUCAAGGUAAGGACGGAAGUAGAAGAAGUAGCCCACCGUGGCCGGGCCGAAUUUUCUGCUGCCAUCAAGGAGCUUGAUACAGUCGACAGAAAGCUGCAGCAGACUCUCGACAGUCUGCGUGAGAUCACUCUCGAGCCGGCUUUCCGUUCGCGGGAACAGCGGCAGGAGGAAGCAGAAAAAGGUGUAUCCAAAACACUACACGAUUUCAUCGAUGAACAUGCCGUAGACGACAUCCGGUCGCUACUCAAAGACGCCAUCGACAACCUCAGCGCAGCGCAGACGGAGCUCGACGUGUCCAAUCGAGCUUUUGAUAAUGAUCUUCAGUCCAUCCAGCAGGCUCUAGACAAGUACCGGCUUUCUGUCAAACGGGGCUCUGUCUCCUCCCUUAGCCUGUCUGCUUCUUCAUCUGCCUCCCGUGUCAAGAUGCCCACUCCGGCUGUGAUACCAGAAUUUCUUCACUCACUCGAGUUGAAUGCGCAGGAGAUGGCAGACCUGCUGGAAUCAUUGGUCCGCCACUUUGAUCUAUGCGUUACUGCUGUCAAGCAUACAGAGGGAGGCGGGGUACUCGCUAGUAACAUCACUGGAGACCUUCCCACUGACGUCGGUGUCGGAAUCCGGGCCGGCGGGAACCCACAAUCUAACACCGGUGAUGGCAACAUCAACAACGAUGAUGCUGGCAAUCCAAAUCUACAGCCGGAGCCUCUUACCGACUCAGACUACCGUGAUAUGAUCAACGUCAUCGUUAAAGAUGCGGGCGAGGCAGAAGAUGUCGUGCUCGAAAUCCAGGACCGCAUAGCUGAGAUGGAAUCUAUCCUAGAAAGAGUGCUUGAACAGCGAGACUCGCUCAUCGCCGCUGGCGUAUCUACUACUUCUGUGUAUCGCCGGCUGGCGGAGUUUCAAUCAACUCGUCUACCAGGAUACGUAGCACAAUCCCAUAAAUUCGAGCAGGCAUGGAAAACAGAACAUGAACGCAUGGAGUCAGGCGUGGCUGACCUGAACGACCUGCGAGGCCUGUAUAUGGGCUUCCUCGACGCAUACGACGGUCUCAUUCUCGAAGUUGCGAGACGGAUGAGUGUUAAAAGGGCUGCCCAAGAUAUUCUGCACGAUGCUCGGGCGAGGUUAGAUGCAUUGUAUGAAGAAGAUGUUCGAGCACGGGAGGCCUUCAGGAUAGAUCAGGGUGAUUACCUUCCUUCAGAUAUCUGGCCGGGCCUAAGCAUGCCGCCGAGCAGAGUUGUGUUUCAGAGGAUUCGUGAGGAUGAUGACACUGCUCAAGAGAGCAGGGAUGAGACGACGUCAGAGGCAAAGCCGGAAUGUGUCGAGCAGCAACAUCCCGAAGGCGAUGUCCAGCCUACAACCAAACUGAACAGUAGCAGUAAGGGAGAUUUUUGCGAGAGUAUCCCUGACCUGCCCAAGCACGUCAUAGAGCAAGCAUUUGCCCGUCUUAAUGUAAGGGGCACACAGCUCCCUCCAUAGUCAUAUUCGUCCUCAUCUCAACCUAACACACACCAUAUUUAAUGUAUCUGUACCUUAUAAUAAUCAAGUCAAACACUGCUAUAACGUGAAUGUUCAGAGCAAGUUAUACAUGCCCUAAGAACUGCAAUCAAAACAGAUAGGCGUAUAUAAAAUAACUUCCUGCACCCAUCAGAGCUCUCUUUGAUCCUCAUACCGUUUCUCCCGUUGUUACUACCAAAACUCACUCUUUUAUCUUGACCUGAAGUUCAACUUCGCCUCAACAGCCACCCAUCUGACUCCUUACAUCUUCCUCUCGCGCGAUAGCCGCACGGGAGGAGAGCAUGAAGCAUGAGAUGCGUGGACGCCCUGUCUAACGGCCAGGAAAGAAAAUGAAGCAUCAUGACAGGACUAGAGCAAGAGAGAGAUCCAAUAGUACAGCCAGAGAUACGCAGGUAGGAUAAUAUGCCCGUGUAAGACAAAUCCUUUUCCAUUUUCAUCAUCUGAGUGCAUGAGUUGUUUUUGCUGGGCAGGCAAGAGCCAAAGCACAUGCAUACAUACAUACAUACAUACCAGGCUUGAAUCCGUUCUUUGGAACUGGAAAAUUCCCCUUGAGCAUUCUAGUUUGCCCUGUUUUGGUCGAUCCUCAAACGGGACAGGAUACAUGCCGCGGACGGCAUGCUAUGCUUUGUGGUAUCAAAUCGCCUAGUUAGGUUGAACAAAAGAAGGAAUAAGAGGCUUCCGACAUCUUCCAGAUCCUUGUUAGUCAAUCCUUGAUCGGCCAACAGACGGGAUCUAAAUGUCAUGAUGAUACUCUGUACGGAGUAGGGAUGUCCCUAACAACCCAUAGUCGUCUCUCCGGCCUUUUGGCACCCCAAACUAUGCAGAGAAGAUUAUUCGAAAAGCGCGGUAUACUCCAGUCUUAGGACAUGGUAGCACGGGGGCCAUCGCUAUUAUCUUGUUGCCCGCCAUCGAACCGCC